UAUACGUAGUCGCAAAACCCUCACACUCAAAAAACCAGAGAGAAGGAGAAAAACGAGAAGGAAGCCAUGGGAAGCCGACUGGGGAGCAGAGUAGUCCACUUCCCGAACCUCCCAAUCAAGCUCCUAAUGCCCACAAGCUUCACCAAUAUCACCGAAUUCGCACUCAAAACCAUCCCCUCCGCCUCCAAGAUCGAAAUCAAGCGCGUCCUCGAGUCCCUCUACGGCUUCGACAUUGAGAAAGUCCGGACCCUAAACAUGGACGGCAAGAAGAAGAAGCGCGGCGGCCUCCUCAUCGCCAAGCCCGCCUACAAGAAGGCCUACGUCACGCUGAGGUCGCCGCUGUCGCUGAACCCGGCGCUGUACCCGAUCAGGGAGGUGGAGGAGGAGAGGAAGGCCACGGCGGCGGGGAAGAAGGGCGGGAAGAGCAGCGUGGUGGAGGCGGAGGGAGGAGGAGAGAGGAGGAAGCAUUGGCUGGAGGAUGGGAAGGUGAAUGCGGCGGAGAAGGUGAGGAAGAGCGGCUCUCCGGUUUUUGCGGAGGGGAAGGGGAAGUUUCCGUGGAGCAAUAUGCGGUUUGGCUAGGUAUAAUUUGUGUUUUUGUUUCAGUUACGAUGAUCGGAAGUUGGUUAGUACUAAGAACUGUGGACAUUUAGGUUUUUCGAUUAAUAAAUGAGAUACGUUUUGAUGGUUAAUGUUGUUUUGGCUCCGCGUGGUUAUGUUUGUUUGAGUCUAGGAGCUGUGUAGUAUCGUCAGUAGUUAUGUAACGACAUGAGAAUCGGUGAUAUGAGAGGAAGGCUCUUGCUUGAUGGG